UCCUCUCAUAUCUUUUUUACAGUGCAUGGUUAAAAUGAUUUAGCUAAAUAAAUUAAUGUGGUCAUUAAAUUUUCCUCAUCCGAAUCCUAGGCCGUAAUUUAAUUGGGAACACACACAAUAGAUAAACUAUACAUUCAAAUUAAAACUUUGGGGGAUAGAUUUUGAAGGAAGAGUAAAAAAUGCAAUCACUGAGUUUUAAUUUUAAGGGGGGAACGAAAUUGUCAUGGCGCAGUGGAGUGGAAGUAAGUAGGCAACAAAGGGGAAAUGUAAAAAUUAUGGCGUGUGUACCUGAGUCUGAGAGCCGGAGUUCGUCCCUUUCCCGUAGCCAGACUUAUGCUCUUUUGAAACAGCAAAUGGAUGUCGCCGCCAAAUAUGAGGACUACAAAGAGGCGGCGAGACUUCGUGAUUCUUUGAAAAUAUUUGAGGAUGCAGAGCCUGUUUUGCGGCUUAGGAGAUUGGUGAAAGAGGCUAUUGCAGAAGAGAGGUUUGAGGAUGCAGCGAGGUUCCGCGAUGAGUUAAAGAAUAUUGCCCCACAUUCACUCUUGAAAUGUUCAAGUGAUGCAACAACACUGGGAAUCAGGAUUAAAGUUAGAAGUGUGUAUAUAGAAGGUCGAAGUCAUCCUUCAAAAGGCCUUUAUUUUUUUGCUUAUAGAAUAAGCAUUACCAACAACUCAGAUCGUCCUGUUCAACUUCUGAGAAGGCACUGGAUCAUCACUGAUGCUAACGGAAAAACAGAAAAUGUCUGGGGAAUUGGUGUUAUUGGUGAACAACCAGUGAUACAUCCCAACACUGGUUUUGAGUACUCUUCUGCAUGCCCAUUAGGAACUCCAAGUGGAAGAAUGAGCAAUGUUCGGAACUCGGAAGAGAAAAAGAUUUCAAUUGUCACAAGGAUGUGCAGAAGAAUAGAACAAAACAAACUCUGGAAUCUGGCAAACUAUGCAAUAAUAUAUGGUUAUCAGGAUUCAGUUUGGAAUUGCAGAUGUUAAAGGGAAAUCUAGCAUCUAGUCGAUUUUGUCCUUUGAUGCCUUAUAAUAGAGUGAUAUUCCUAUUUUUGGAGGGUAUUACUGUUAGAUCGUUCUUAUUUUCUGGUAAAUAAGAAAUGCAUUUACUGGUUGGGCUUUGAGGGCGACAAAACUUGCAAGAUUUCUUUGUCUUCUUUUUGACCUUGAUGUGCAAUCAACAGGCAUUAGUCAUUCUAUUUCUAGAAUUGCUUUCCUUCUGGGCUAUGUUGCUCAGGCUUGGGUGUGGGUACCCGAUACGGGGGUGGAUCUAGGGGUCAGACUCUUCAUCACAUAACUUUAGAAUUCGUGAGUAUGCAUCCAAGAGCUUAUAUAUAUAGUCAAAACACCCAAGAUGAGUUGACCAAAUGUGGCGCGGAUCCCAAACCUACACCUACACCUAUGUCGUAUUGACAUGGGUGGCAAGGAUUUUGAAGAGUCGGCUCAAACCCUCGGUGCCCUUCCUUUAUUUCUUUGUUCCUUGUAUUUCUAAAAUGCAUCGUCUCUCUGAUGGUCUAUUACGAUACAGGAGGGUGACUUCGAGAUGAAGCAUAUUGACAGAGUAGGCUCACGUACAUUCAAUGUUGCAAUUGCUCCUUUCUCUCUCUCCAAAGUUGGAGAUGGCAGUGAUACCUUUUCAGAUGGGAGCUGAGAAUAUUUUUGAAGAAUGAAUGGAGGUUAAUCGCCUAAUUUGUACAAUUUUUAUAGAAAGUUGUAGGCCAAGGUCUGUUGUAGUUGCUGGUAAAUAAUAAACUCGUGAUAUCGGGAUUCAUUGGGUGUAGAUGAGAUGCUACAAUAGACGUAUGAUAUUCCCAUGGGUAGCCAAUGUGGAACAUAGGGAUCUAAUGCAUUGAUGUGGAUGUAUUGUUUCACAUCUUGCAAACUUUGAAGAUCAUGUGUAAAUUGAAAAUGUAUAUAGUAUGUGAUUGAGCUGUUACAUUAGCUGUGUCCUUUUGGCAGCUAAAUUAUGGUAUCUGCAUAGGUUUGUGCCCUAUAGUUUUGAACUUCUUUGAUCGAAAAAUUAAAUUUUGGCUAUUCCUUUUUUGUA